UAUAUACGGAAGUUGAGUAGGAAGUAUGCGUGUGAAUCAAGCAGAAAAAUAAUCUCGUUUGGUCGUAUCUUAUACCCGACAAAGGGCACAACAAUUGCUAGAGUACAUAUUUCAUUCAUGAUGCACUUUAGUUGAUCCUCUGAUUCUGCUCCAUGUCACGUUUCAUUAUCUGGAGAAACAUUGUCCCUGAAGGAGGACAAGCUUCUUCACAAUGAGUACCCAAGAUGUGUUGAAGAAUGCCUCCACUCUUGCAUCAUACAAUGUCUUACUUCAGGUCAUGUUUCGUGUGCUCACUUUUUUGCUAAACGCUUUUACACUGCGCUUUGUAUCCAAAGAGCUGAUUGGCGUAGUCAACGUUAGGUUGACUCUUCUAUAUUCCACAUUGGUCUUCUUGUCCAGAGAGGCCUUCAGGAGAGCCUGUUUGAGCGGUGGAACAGAUCACAACUGGAGACAAGUCAUCAACCUGCUAUGGCUGACGUUGCCGCUGGGCGUACUGUGGGCUUCCCUCCUGGUGUGUGUGUGGCUGUGGCUCCUGGAGGUUCCCGAUCCUCACACCAUCCCCCACUACGGACCUGCUGUGGGGCUCUUUGCCUUGUCUGCGCUGCAGGAGCUGCUGGCUGAGCCGCUCUGGGUCCUGGCUCAGGCCCACAUGUUUGUCAGAUUGAAAGUGAUUGCUGAGAGCCUGGCCAUGGUGGCGAAGUGCAUUUUGACAGUGGUGCUGGUGGUCUCUGCUCCUCAGUGGGGGCUCUACAUCUUCUCGGCUGCUCAGCUGGUCUACACAGGUUUCCUGGUCCUGUGCUAUGUUGUCUACUUCCUGCGCUUCCUAGGUUCUGAGGAGGCCAACAGCAAAUGUUUCCCCCUCCAGCGUAUGGCAGAUCUGCUGCCUGCCAGAGUGGAAGGAAAGCUGCUGAUUGACUGGACAUUGGCCAGGCUGACAUGGAGCUUUUUCAAGCAGUCCUUUCUGAAGCAGAUUCUGACGGAGGGCGAGCGUUACGUCAUGACCUUCCUCAGUGUGCUGAAUUUUGGGGAGCAGGGAGUGUAUGACAUUGUCAACAACCUGGGAUCCAUGGUGGCCCGCUUCAUCUUCCUGCCCAUCGAGGACAGUUUCUAUGUCUUCUUCGCUAAAGUCCUGACGAGGGGGCAACACAUUAGGCAACAGAAGCAGGAGGAGGUUGCCAUAGCAGCUGAGGUUCUAGAGUGUCUGCUGAAGCUGGUUCUUGUGAUUGGUCUGAUCAUUACAGUGUUUGGCUAUGCAUACUCUCACCUGGCCCUUGACAUCUAUGGGGGAUCUAUGCUGAGCAGUGGUGCAGGGCCCAGUCUGUUACAGUGCUACAGCUGCUAUGUUCUACUUCUGGCCGUUAAUGGAGUGUCGGAGUGCUUUGUCUUUGCUGCUAUGAGUAAAGAAGAGGUUGACAGGUAUAACAUAGUGAUGCUUGCCCUGUCCGUGUCCUUCCUCCUCCUGUCGUACGUGUUGACAUGGUGGGCAGGGGCCAUCGGCUUCAUCCUGGCUAACUGUCUGAACAUGGGCCUGCGUAUCUCACACAGCCUGCUCUACAUCCAUCGCUACUUUCUUUCCAGCCAGUGGAGGCCCCUUCACGGCCUUAAGCCCUCCCCACUUGUAAUGCUGGCCCUGGGUCUCAGCGCGACCCUCACCUCCCUCUCUGAGGGUAUGUUCUGUUGUGAUGGAGGAUGGUUGCUAAGGCUGGCUCACAUCGCCGUGGGAGCUGGGUGUCUUCUUGGUGUACUGGUCACUGUCCUUCUCACAGAGACCAAACUUGUUCAGUUUGUCCAGACCCAGCUGUUACCUCGCUAUGGGAAGAAACACACAUAGUAGACAUAAUCAGAAUGACCAAAGGAUGGAGAAAGCUGAAGACAGUGACUUGUAGAGGAAAGCAGAAACCGCUGCUAUCCAAAUGAACCCUGUCAUGGACUAGUGUGGAAGUCAGAAUGUGAGUCACUGGCAAAACAGUUUCAGCUGGUGUGGUGUGUGUAUGACCAAGCACUGAAAACAUGUUCACCUGCAAAUUACCAUAUUUUGUAACCAAAUGUGUUUUCUGAUUAAUAAACACACACACACACGCAGA